AUGGAUGGUAACCGUCUUCCCAAACUCGCGGUUCUCAUUGAUGCGGACAAUGCCCAACCCUCCGUUGUUAAUCUCCUCCUUGCCGAAGUGGCAAGAUACGGUACAGCUCAUGUGAAGCGAGUGUAUGGGGACUGGACUAGACCCAAUCUGCAGGGCUGGAAGGACAAGCUCCUUGAGCAAUCCAUCCAACCAAUCCAGCAGUUCGCGUAUACCCAUGGCAAAAAUGCGACCGACUCAGCUAUGAUUAUUGACGCCAUGGAACUUCUAUACUCUAGCCGAUUCGAUGGGUUCUGUCUCGUCUCAAGCGACAGUGACUUCACCCGGCUGGCCGCUCGUAUCCGGGAGUCCGGAGCAAUUGUGUACGGAUUCGGGGAGCGAAAAACGCCCAAGCCUUUCGUCGCUGCAUGCGAUAAAUUUAUCUACACUGAAAAUCUCGUGCAUAUUGAUGAGCUUGUGCCACACGCGCAGAAUGUUAUCUUUUCUGAAAGUCAACCAUCGGCCGGGCACGCUCCAAUUGAUAGCCCCUUGACAAAUCAGUUGCGAACGAUGGUAGAAGCAGCGUCCGAUGACGAUGGCUGGGCUAGGCUCUCUGCUGUCGGUCAGCUCCUUACAAAAAGUUGUCCUGCCUUUGACUCUCGUACCUACGGAUACCAUAAGCUCAGCGACCUCCUCUCUGCUUCCCCUUUGUUUGAAAUUACCAGACGUUCUCUUCCACAUGGCUCCACGGAGAUCUUCGUACGUGACAAGCGUAGGAAGCCCGAAAGUUUUGCCACUUAA